AGGCAGCGAGCCGCGCGCUCCGCCCCCUCCCCCCGGGCUGUCGCCGCCGCCGCCGCCGCCACCUCGCCGCCUCAGCCUGGCGGGGAGGAGGAGGAGGAGCACCAGGCCUCCGGGCCCCGGCACCGCCGCCCUCAGGACAUUUCUGAUUCAUUUGCAUCCUUGAAGAGCAUCUGUAGAAGAGGAAGGAAAAGAUGGGUGUGAAAACAUUUACUCAUAGCUCCUCUUCCCACAGCCAGGAAAUGCUUGGGAAGCUAAAUAUGCUGCGAAAUGAUGGACAUUUUUGUGAUAUCACUAUUCGUGUCCAGGACAAAAUCUUCCGGGCACAUAAGGUGGUACUAGCAGCUUGCAGUGAUUUCUUUCGCACCAAACUUGUAGGCCAAGCAGAGGAUGAGAACAAGAAUGUGUUGGAUUUGCAUCAUGUUACAGUGACUGGCUUUAUACCCCUUUUAGAAUAUGCUUACACAGCCACUCUGUCAAUUAACACGGAAAAUAUCAUUGAUGUGCUAGCUGCAGCCAGCUAUAUGCAAAUGUUUAGUGUUGCCAGCACCUGCUCAGAGUUCAUGAAAUCAAGCAUUUUAUGGAAUACACCCAACAGCCAACCAGAAAAGGGUCUAGAUGCUGGACAAGAAAAUAACUCUAACUGCAAUUUUACUUCUCGAGAUGGAAGUAUUUCGCCUGUGUCUUCAGAGUGCAGUGUGGUAGAAAGAACCAUUCCUGUCUGCCGAGAGUCCCGGAGAAAGCGCAAAAGCUACAUUGUUAUGUCUCCUGAAAGUCCUGUAAAGUGUAGCACGCAAACAAGUUCUCCCCAGGUAUUGAAUUCUUCAGCUUCCUACUCAGAAAAUAGAAAUCAACCAGUUGAUUCUUCUUUAGCUUUUCCCUGGACUUUUCCUUUUGGAAUUGAUCGAAGGAUUCAGCCUGAUAAGGUUAAGCAGGCAGAAAAUACACGGACUUUAGAAUUACCUGGCCCAUCUGAGACAGGGAGAAGAAUGACUGAUUAUGUGACUUGUGAGAGCACAAAAACUGCCUUGCCUAUGGGUACUGAAGAAGAUGUCCGGGUCAAAGUAGAAAGGUUAAGUGAUGAGGAGGUCCAUGAGGAAGUGUCUCAGCCUGUCAGUGCAUCUCAGAGUUCACUGAGUGAUCAGCAGACAGUGCCAGGAAGUGAACAAGUCCAAGAAGACCUUCUGAUUAGUCCACAGUCUUCCUCUAUAGGCUCAGUGGAUGAAGGCGUCACUGAAGGGUUACCUACACUUCAGAGCACUUCUAGCACUAAUGCUCAUCCAGAUGAUGAUGAUCGAUUGGAAAAUGUUCAGUAUCCCUACCAACUCUACAUUGCUCCUUCUACCAGCAGUACAGAACGACCAAGUCCAAAUGGUCCAGAUAGACCUUUUCAGUGUCCAACGUGUGGGGUACGAUUCACCCGUAUUCAGAACCUAAAACAGCACAUGCUCAUCCACUCAGGAAUUAAACCAUUUCAGUGUGACCGCUGUGGGAAAAAGUUCACCAGGGCUUACUCGCUAAAGAUGCAUCGCCUAAAGCAUGAAGGUAAACGCUGUUUCCGGUGCCAGAUAUGUAGUGCCACUUUCACUUCCUUCGGGGAAUAUAAACACCACAUGAGGGUUUCCCGGCACAUUAUCCGCAAGCCUCGGAUUUACGAGUGCAAAACAUGUGGCGCCAUGUUCACCAACUCUGGAAAUUUAAUCGUGCACCUGAGGAGUCUGAACCAUGAAGCGUCAGAGCUAGCAAACUACUUCCAGAGCAGUGAUUUCCUAGUACCGGACUACUUAAACCAGGAGCAAGAAGAGACCCUUGUUCAGUAUGAUCUUGGAGAACACAGUUUUGAAAGCAACUCCUCUGUUCAAAUGCCUGUAAUUUCACAGGUCUCCUCGACCCAGAAUUGUGAAAGCACUUUCCCCUUGGGGUCUCUUGGUGGGCUGGCAGAAAAAGAGGAAGAAAUGCCAGAGCAGCCAAAGACCAGUGCUUGUACUGAGGCAACCAGAGAUGACCCCCCAAAAUCAGAGCUGUCUUCUAUAACCAUUGAGUAAUUUCAUGGUUUGGCUUCAUUUUUGGUUUUUGGAAAGUGCCUGUGCUUGGUCUUGUACAUUUAAAUUUAAUUAAUUUUUUAAACAAAAAAGGGUUUGGGAAAGAAUUUCCCUUUUUACUUUGUAAGCCCCACAACUGAUGUUUUAUUUUUCAUGACUGAGAGAUUGUUUCUGUAAGUGCACAAUAACACGAUGUUGAAACAUAAUUGAAACUAUGAGACUUAGGGAGAACCAGUUGACCUAAGGCAUAUAUCAGUUCUUCUUCCAUUAUUAAAAGUAGGCUAACGAGAUCAUUAGGUAAAGAAGAAUUCAGAUGGUUGUUGACCUUCCUGAGAUGAAAGGGUACACCAGAAACAAAUUACUGAACAGAAUUUGGCAGGUAGCCUGAAUACAUGUUUACUCCUUAUAAACAGGACAUUGUACAGUAUUUUGUAAAGCCUGUUGGUUUUAGAAAUAUUUACCGUAAGCUUUCCUAAAAAUUAUUAGGGUAAAUACUUCUGGAAUCCAAUGUACUCUUUUCUCCUCUUCUUUUUUUUUAAGCUUUGUCAUUUCUGUUAUUUUUCACAGUAAAAAUUUGGUGUUGGGAUAGCAUCCCCUGAACUUUUUUAGUACCACUCCAAAUAAUCUUUCUUCCAUGAAAUCAGAGAACCGUGAUUGAGAAUAGUCAGGCUGUGCAUGAAAUGACCAGGAGUGGAAAAAUGAAGUACAUAAAUCUCAGCUUUAUAGGAACUCUUUUAAUACUGCUUUUCUGACUAAAAUUGUUGUUUACCUACCUGGUCUUUGAAUGUCAGUGCCUGGCUAAUUAGGUCAUUGCCUAAAUCAUUUUUCCUCUUGCCCCAUAAACAAUAUUUCCUCUUGCAUAUACUGGCAUGACAUCAUAUAAAGGAAAAAUAUUGGAGAUAGCGAUAUAUUUAUAUCUAGGUUUAUGUAAUCUUGGGGAUGUUUCUAUUGUGCUAAUUUGGACAAAAUAAAAGAAUUCUGUUAAGGCUACGGUUCUUAACCCAGCUAAGAUGGUUUACAAAGUUCCAUAUGUCAGUGAUACUUUGUUUUUUGUUCCAUAAUAUUUUUAGAUAUUGCCAAGUUUAUUAAAAGGGUUAGUGUAGUUUUUACACAAUGUAAGCAAUAAUGUAAGAGAUAAGAGGCUUUAAAUUAAUGAUCUAUGACUCAACAAUCUAGGGGGGAAAAGAAUCAUUAAGACUAAAAAAACUAAAAACCUUAAAUUAAUAUCACCUCUUUUGCUGCUAAAAAAAUGAAAUUUCCUGUUUAUAGUUGAAAUUAAUGUGAUAUUCUAGACUGGAGUAUACUUUUCAUCUGGUGCCAUUAAAGCAUCACUGACCUUGACCCUAAAUAUUCAUGAGUCCAUGAACAAUGAACUUCUGAAUAACUUUUUUUCUAUGUAUAUACCCAAAGUUUAAUAAUUAUGAAAACACCUGAUUAUAUUAGAAAAAGAAACUAAAUACAGUUUCUUAUUCAAAACAAGAGACCUGAAUUUUUGUCUGGGUGCUAGACCUUAAUAAUAAAAUUAAUUUUUAAGUUAUAGUGAUUUUACUUGUUUCAUUUUUUAAUUGGCUAAUUCUGUGAUUGAUUUUCCUCCCAUAAAUAUAAAGGAAGGGAAAGUAAAUGCAUUGAAGAUUUUUUUUUUCCAGGUAGCAUUCUUUUUCUAGAUUCUGCUGUCUUUACCUUGUUUUCAACUCCUUAUCUCCGUCUUGAACCUGUUUUCCCUCUUUGCUCCCAAACAUAGGUAUAUUACCUUCAGGAAGAACAACAUACACAAGUGAUGAAGGGCUUUCCACCCUUUAUGCUUCUUUACUAAUAGGGUUGAAUUACUUUUUUGCAACCGACUGGGAUACUUCAUUAGUAAUAGUACUGCUGUGUCUUGACUAGAAAGGUCAGGAAUUUUUAUUUUAAUGUCAUACAUAUACAUAUUCUUGAAAAUUAUUAUGCCUACCAAUGGAUAAACCUUGGAGUUAAUUUUAAAGUCUUAUAUUGGCAAAACAAAGAAUAGGUAAAAUUAUGACCAGGAAUCAUUGUUGCCUUUAGUUCUGAGAGUUGUUUUGUUUUGUUUUUAAGGAAGCAAAAAGAAGGAAGGAAGAAAAAACAAAGAAAUAGGGUUAAAGAAAAGAAAACUGGGGAUUUGUAUGGUUGAACGCAUUUAAGCACAUCCCCUAUCCUGAGAACUCUACGUUAAAAGAGGCCACAAUUUUGGCAGCUCUGAAGUGGUCUGUGUUCUCAGAAAUGUAGGAUUACUACUACUGGCUAUUCUUUCCCAAAUGGAAACUUAAGAUUUUCAUUGGUAAUUACAAAUUGCACAGAUUUCCAAGUUUAAUGAAAAAAUUGAAUAUACUAUGAAAAUGUAAACUUGGUUUGUUUAUUCCACAAAUCUUAUCAAUACAAGUAGCUAACAAGUAUUUAACAUAAAAUGAUAUAAACAGAGGCCUUUUUUCUCUUUCAUUGAGGCUCUGCAUUUUUCUUGAUAGACAGUUUAAGGAUUUUUAGCUUAUGGAUCUGUUUUAAGAAACUAAGCUGCAAGGGAUAAAUUUAUGUACAUAGUGUUACUUAGGUUUUUUAAAAUUCAUCGAAGAGAAGGAUACUUGAAUGUAUAAGUUUAACCAGAACAUAUGGAAGACAUUGCAAAGAGGUGAAAGCCAGUUAUAUUAUCCCAUCCAUUAGAAAUUGCCAGUGAAACUAAACAAAAAAUUCCAGUUUAGAAUACUUAAGCAUAGUUCUUUGUUAAGGCCCAAGAGGGUAACUUUGUGAUAUUUAAAGGGCUUAAAUUUUAGGAUGCAGGAUAAAUUGCCUUUUUAAAAACAAGUAUUUUAUACAAGAAAAGCAUUUAUUUUCCGUUUUUAUGCUACCAAAUAGGUGUGAUACACUUUAGAAAUGAGUAAAGAUGCUUGCUGCGAUACUGGAUGUUACAGCUCCUGCAGUUAUUCUUUCCAUUUUUAGGGGUAUAUUCUAACAAUGGAAGCGUCUAGCAUGACAGUGAUUGUAAUGAUUCAGAAACAAAAGGAUUAAUAUUGGGUUUUUUUUAUUUCAAAUUUUUUAUAAAUGGAUACAGAUGGAAAUUAUCAUCCAAAAUUCAUUUAAAUGAAUUUCUCUUAUUUGGAAUUUCAAGUAAUCUUCUUAAUUUGUAUUUCACAUAAUUAGUUGCACAUUUGAUUACAUUGCCAGUUUUUAAAGUUCUCAGUUUCAGUGAGACAAAGUGUACUAAAGUGUUUAGCGUCAUUCAGUCUUACAUUUUUAACCUCUCAGCAACCAUUCUGGGUUAAAUAAUUUGGCUCCAUGUUAUGACACAUGCCCUUUGGUUUUAAAAACAAACAGAAGAACUUGUGUUUUGUUACAAUAUUUUAUCAAAUGGAAUGGACUAGUCAGCAUAUCUAAUGCAGUAUCAUUGGUACUUCCGUUACCUUCUGACUACUGAGCCAGACUCUCCCCAUUGUAUAAGUGAUUCCCUGGGAACCUUUGGAAGCUGUAUCAACUCUUUCAGUCUUUUAUUUGGUCUCUCACUAUUUUAUUUUUGUACUCAAUCUAAAUAGAGGCCAAUUAUCUUGUUUAGUGGCUGUUAAUUUUGAAGAUUCUCAGAUCAGUUUUAGUCUCUUAGAUUUGUAGUCCCUGAAAAAUACAUUACUGUAUAAGGUAAGGGCAACUCUCUACUAUACCACAUGGAGAGAAUCAUUGUUAUUGCUUGAUGAAUGAACAAUCCUAAAAUUGUAGUAUCUUAACUGAAAGGAGUUUGAGAUUUGAUGAAUUGAUGAAGAGAUUUCAUGUGGCACUUACUCUAUUUUCACUCAUCUGCAAAAUGUGAAGUUAAAACUCUGAAAUAUGCAUCCAAGUGAGGGCGAAUAGUUUUCUAGAUAUUAAUAUUAACUGGGGGAGGGAGUGACUAGUAAAGUUUGCAUUUGGAAGCGACCCAAAGUUGCUAAAAGGUAAUAAAGGUGAUUUUCACUCUAAGUUAUUGACAUAAGAUACUUUAUUUAUAAUAUAUUUAGAGUUUAAAAGUAACUGAGAGAAGAAUGUAUAGAAACUAGAUUUUUCUUUUCUGAAGCAGUGGAACAAAAUUGGGGAGAGUUCUAUUAUAUAAACACAUCUAUGAGGAAUAUUUAUAGCUAAGCAUACUCCUUUAGCUUUAAGCUAAAAUGGUCAAAAUUUAAAUUUAUUUUUUAUUUUGCUUAUACCCACUUUUUUAGUCUCAUAUUGCUUGACUGAAUGUGAUGAUAUAGGCUAUUUUUAUUUGGAAAGUCCUCAGCAAGCUGAAUUUGCCAAAAGCAAUAAUGGUUCAGAUUAAACAGUGAAGUGGAAUUGAACCAAUUUCCAGGUUCAACUAAGGAGCAGACAUUCUGUGGAUAUUUUGUUCUUAGAUUAUAAAUGUGUUGAAAUUUAUUAAUGGGGGAGUUAAGCUUAUAUCAGAUUAUGGGGUGUAGACUCUUAGUGACAUCCUAGUUGUACUUUUUUUUUUUUUUACCUCAUACUAAACUAAUGCAGUUAGAUAUUUCCACUACGUUGUAGUGAUUAUAUUUUUAUGAUAGAAAAAAACAGUUCCAGGUCUUUACAGAUAGUCUGUGCGGAGAUGUCAGGCGAUGUUAUUGGAAUCUCAGUUUGGCAGUAUCCAAAAUACGAAACUGCCUUAAAGUGCUUAUGCUACUUUAAGUAAGCUUCCUCCGUGCAUGCCCCAUGCCAGUUACAACUAAUACCAAGGUUCCUGUGUAUAUAAUAGUUUACAAAGAAUUUAAAAGUUGAGACCAUUGACUGAAAACAAAAACUUUUUAAAAAAAAUUUUUUUUAACUUUAAAAAUUUUAAUUUCAGUUUGAAGUGCCUGGUUUAUAAAAUCUAAUUAUUUGAUUAUUGCCUUUCUCUUUUAAAUUGACUAAUUUUUCUGAGUAAGCUUAAAGCCCUGGGUUCAGUUUUGAUGAUUUAUUGACAAAAUCGCUGCUCGAUGGUUUGAGGGGCUAGUGUCAUGACUUUUAUUAAAUUAUCCUUGUUUUUCCAAAUGCUGGACUAACUAUAUCCAGAUUUCAUAAUCCAGUUAAGCUAAAAAAUCAUCCUGUAAUUGAAUGUUCAGGUUACCAAAGUACAUCACCUUUAAGAAAGGAUAAAUCUUCCCUACUUCAAGAGGAGCCAGUCAUCUCCCCUUAACACAUGUUUCCAUUGGCAUUUAGUGGAAGCUGUGUUCAUUUAAAGGUGGGAAGCCUUUCGUGCAGUUCCUAGAAACAUCUGUUUUCUAGAGAGAACCUUUUCUGUAAAUGUGUUUUCUCUAAAAGCUUUGUUUUAUUUCAGUUAUCAGUUUAAUUUUCAAGUUGAUAGAUGCUAUGUAAAGUCUGUCAUACUGAGAGCAGUCCAUUAAAUUACUGAACGUUGCACUGCUUCUCAUCUUUCAGGUGCCUGAAAUGAAUGCCACCAGGUAUUUGGAAGGAGUAAGAUCAUAAGUAUUCAUUUUCUUCCUUAUACAAAGUGAUGGCUUCUAAUGCAUAUAUUUCAAGAUAAUGAAAAAGAAAAAAAAAAAAACAGUCCCUAAUAGAGUAAAAUUUGGUUUUGAUCCAAGUCCCAAUAAUAUAUUUGAUUUUUCUGUUGUUACUGGUGCCUCCUGUUGCAUCAGAUAGAGAUUGCCUGCCUCUUUGUAGGGCACCCUUGUGGCACCUUAUGUCCAAUUGGAAGAUAGUAUAUGGCAUGUUUGUGCCUCUACUAUCUUUUCAAAAGCCAUUUUAUAAAAAUCCUAGGUAGCCUAUUUUAAUAUUUAAAUAUAUAUAUUUGUGAGAUGCUUUUAGAACAGACUUUUUUUUUUACUUUGAAAUUCCUGUAUUCUCAUUUUUAAGAGUAAAUUAAAAUUUUCCAGAUUAAGACUUGUCUUUUUCCACAGCAGCAUAAUGAGAAAGUCAGAUUGAAUUUGACCAUACUUCAGUGAUAGAAGAAAUUGAUGUCUGGUUACAGGAGACAGAUACGAAGGGAAAAUUGUUUUGAUGUCACAGAAAUGAAUUUUUAAAUAAAAUUGUGGUUUUGUUUCUGUAAUUUCAUAUUUGCUGCUACAGUAGCUCAAUAUUUUACAGAGCUAACAUAUAAAUCUGGCUCCAUUUAAAAACUGGAGUACUUUCUAGUACAACCAGCCUGGGAGGAAACUGUGCACCACAGUUUUCCAGAUGGGUGACUGACUGCUUUGUUUAGCCGAUGCAUGCUUAAUAUUUUCCUAUAGGCCAACAUCAAGGAAGUCUGGGGGAAACUUUUUUACCUUGCAGCAUUAUGAUUCUUUUUGGGCACUGGCAUUUUGUGAAGCCCUUGGGGGAGGGUAAUGCUGGAGCAGAAAUGUGAAUUAAGUAUGUGGAUGGGUGUUUUUAUGUCUUCUACCCUCUCCUAGAACCAGUACAACUCUCUUAACUGUGCCAGUUCCCAGUUCACCAGCUUUGUAUCCAGUUGUCAUCUCAUUUAAAUAUGGCUUUACUUGGUGACAGUGGCCAUAGCUAAGUUACUUGGCAUGUUUGACUUUCAACAAUAACGAAAAUGGUUUUGGAUUUUGUUUUCUUUUAUUUCCUAAAAAUGUAUACAAUGUCAGAAGUUCACAUUUUAUAUACUAGUAUCUGGCUAUUAGUAUUUUACAGGAACCAUAGUUCUUGGUGACUUCAUAUAUAUAUAUAUAUAUUUUUGUGACUUUUUUGUAAACUAAGUGCCGUUUCAACGUUACAAUCAUUUUUAGAGUUAUUGUAAUCAAUGUGAAUAUCAUGUUUUUCCAACUCUGUUCUGAGCCUAUAGUGUUUGCUUUGUGAACAUAUGUGUAUUGUAUAUAUUCUGUAUAGUUACAUUGUACUGAAAUAUUAGCUUGUUUGAUAUAAGGAAAGUAUGUAUUGAGUACCUUUUUGCUAGCCUGGUUGUUUAAUCUUUUUUAAAAAGGUUUAAACUUUUUAAAAAAAAAAUCUUUAAACUGGCCUUUAUUACAUGGUCACAAAUAAAGUUGCAGUUAGAAGGGAUGGGCAGGGAAAAACUAGUUUUGAGUGUCUUUGAAUAGAAACAUAAGACUAAGAUUUUUUUUCUCAUUAAAAUAUCUUAUUAAUGCUUUAUGGAGUAAAA